ACACGUCACACCCUUACAGUAGAAAAACCCAUGAUUAAACCUCCUUCAUUUUAAAAAUAAAUCAAAAUGUGUGCAUACCUUUGAUUCUCACUGUAAAUAUUUAUAAAUCAACCAACAGUUCAUACAAAGUUUGUGUUCACUUUUGUAUGCGAACAGUACAAAAACAAAACGGUAUGCGAAAGAGAGAAUUUGAUAAGAGUGUGUGUUAAUCCUAUUAAAAUUAAGAGAAUAAACAAACAAAAAAACCAAAAACAAAAACUUGUAGAUUAAUAAUUGUGUGUUCAUAUUCGCAAUUUUAGUUUAAAGACAAUUGUCUCAAAGUGAAGAUGUGGAACACAGAAAAUACUUUAAAUUUAAUAGCAGAUCUCGAAAAGAAUCCUUGUUUGUGGGAUAUAAGUUCACCAUUAUACAAACUUCGUGAUAAAAAAUAUGAAGCAUACGAAGAAUUAGGUGAAAAAUACUGCGUUACUCCUUCCGAAGUGGAGAAAAAAGUACAAAGUUUAAAAUCACAAUUUCGAAGAGAACAUAAAAAAGUAAAAGACACGGAGAAAAAAGCUAAGGUUAAAUGUAAUUGGUUUGGUUAUGCGCCAUUGAUGUUUUUGCGAGAUGGGGUCGAAGCGGUAAAAGAAAAGAAUGUUUUUAACACAGCAGGUGUUAAAUCUGAUGUGUUAUACAAUACAGUGGAACCUGAUGAAAAUUCUGAUAUUAAUGAAAUGGACUACAGUUCUACCAUGGAUUCACAGUCUCAAUCUGGAAUAACUGCAAUAACUGAUAUACCACCGACAGUUAUUAAAACAGAAUCAAGCGAACUUGGCAAUAACACUUUGGAAUGUAUGAAAACGCUCAUAGAUUUCGUUACCAAACGUGAUGAAUUUUCAAUUUAUGGCGAUCAUAUUGCUGAAAAACUACGAAACAGUGAAAAAAGUAAAAUGGAAAUUCACAUUGCCUAACAUCAUGUCGAUAAUAUAGUCUUCAAUUUGUUAAUGGGUGUUUAUGGAGGAGGAGUGACAAA